UAUAUUAAUAACUGUCGUAUCGUUGUAUAUUAAUUUGUAUUAUCUUAAUUUUUCGAUUUAAAUAUUUAAUUAGAUGAUUAAUAAAUUAAGAAAUAAUGGGAGUGAAUCUGGAUGAGGAAUUGGAUGACAUACUAGCAGAGAGGAAAAAUGAGGUUUCAAGGUUAAGAUCUAGAUUUAGAAAUAGGAUUCCCGUUAUUUGUAUACCUUCUCAUAACAGUCCAUUUAAAAUCGAAAGAUCAAAGUUUCUCGUACCUCUUAACAUGAUGUACGGUGAAUUCAAAUACUUACUCCAAAAGCACUUAAACUGCCAACUAAUGGACGACCCUCAUCAUUAUGGAAAAAACAGCACAGUAUAUUUAUAUGUAAACAAUAAAAUCCCCAAAAUGUCGACUCUUCUCGGUGAUUUAUUCCGCAAGCACAAAUCCGAAGACGGAGUUUUGUAUAUGGUUUAUUCAAGUGAAAACACACUGGGAUAACAGAACUCUAUGAGUUUCCUCUCGUAUAAUAUCAACUAAUUUUUAAUUUGAUAUCGUCACUAUAACACCCAUUCCAUAUUCG